CCUGUCAAUCCCUGCGCUUGAGUUGCGGGGCCUUCAGCGAAGCGAAGCGAAGCGGCGUUGUGAGCUUUGAAACCAUGUUUUGGAAUGGAGGGUUUUGGAGAUGGACUUUGGGGCUGCAACUGUACCUCCUACUUCUGACUUCGCGGACACAGGCUGGCACAGAAGCCUCAGCUCCACCUCCCAUCACAGCAGCCUCCUUUCUGCAGGACCUUUUCCUCCGUUAUGGUGAAGAGGACAAGCUCAGCCUGCAGCAGUUGAAAUCUCUGUUGAGACACCUGCAUGUGGGCGUCGAACGGCAGAAUGUCAGUCACACGCGGCGGAGGCAGCCCCACCAUCGAAAUAUCUCCUGGUGCUUCAGUUCCUCGGAGCUCUUCGCCACCCACAAUCUGAGUGAAUCGUCCCCUCUGGGGCAGAGCGAAUUCAAGGAAUUCUGCCCAACUAUCUUGCAGCAGCUGGAGUCAAGGGCCUGCCUGCCGGAGAACCUGGAGAAAGAAGAAGAGGAAUGGAUGAAGGAAGGGAAACCGAGCUCUACAGAAGUCUGGGGUUACGGUUUCCUCUGUGUGACCAUCAUUUCCCUCUGCUCCCUGAUCGGGGCCAGUGUGGUUCCUUUCAUGAAGAAGACCUUUUACAAGCGGCUGCUCCUCUACUUCAUAGCUCUGGCCAUUGGCACUCUUUAUUCCAACGCCCUCUUCCAGCUCAUUCCCGAGGCCUUUGGCUUCAAUCCACAGAAAGAUGAUUAUGUCUCUAAAUCUGCAGUUGUCUUUGGGGGAUUUUACCUCUUUUUUUUCACUGAGAAAAUACUGAAGAUGCUCCUCAAACAGAAGGAUCAGCACCUUCAUGGACACAGCCACUACAGCAGCGAGUCCCUCCCUUCUAAAAAGGACCAGGAAGAAGGCGUGACUGAAAAACUGCAGAAUGGGGACCUGGAUCACAUGAUCCCUAAUAAGAGCAGCGAUUUGGAAUGCAAGAAUCCCGCUGCUGAUCAGAAGGUGGUUAGCACCUUGUCUGUUCAGGAGACUUCGUCAUUCUGCUGAAUGCUGGGAUGACAAUCCAGCAAGCCCUUUUCUUCAACUUCCUCUCGGCUUGCUGUUGCUACCUGGGCCUGGGCUUUGGUAUAUUGGCCGGCAGCCACUUCUCAGCCAACUGGAUCUUCGCUCUAGCAGGCGGGAUGUUCCUGUACAUUGCGUUGGCUGACAUGUUCCCAGAGAUGAAUGAAGUCAGCAAAGAAGACGAAAGGAGCGGAAGUGCUUUGAUUGCAUUUGCAAUUCAGAACGCCGGACUCCUGACGGGAUUCACGAUCAUGGUGUUGCUGACUAUGUUCUCGGGACAAAUCCAGCUCGGAUAGAGGCCGUUGCCCUUUUGGAAAAUUGUAGAUCUGUGGACUCUGCUAAGGGCAGUUUUUGUUUUUGUCAAGGAUUUCAGGAAGGGGCAUGUUUAUUCAACCUGCUUCUUAGAUUUCGUAUUGGACUGACAACCUGCACAGGCUGACAACUUUUCUCUCUAGCAUUAAAUGAUGGGGGGAAUCAUUUCUUAAGGUAACAACAGCAUUCAUCUCUCUCCCUCCUGUCCUUUUCUCUUCUCCCCCCCCCCCCAUUUGGAUGGAAUCAGUGUGUUAUUCUUCCUUCCUUCCUGGGCAUGAGUAGCUUGGUGUAUAUCCCUUUAAGCUACAAAAAAUACCAGCAAAUUGGCUAGUAGGGUGCCUUUCUCCCCCCUCCCCCCUUGCACCCCAAUUACUAAAGACAGUAAUGUUUUCAAUUUUAAACUCUGCAUCAGUUUUGAGUCAGUUAAUUGGUUGCUUGGAGUUACUCCAAAUUUUAGAAAAUUAGUCUGCUGCACCCGGGGUGGUGGUGGGGAUCAGAAUUAAAAAUGGCAGCAAAUUAGAGAACUGUAACUCUUUGGGGAUGCGGUGGCUCAGUGGCUAAGAUGCUGAACUUAUCGAUCAAAAAGGCCAGCAGUUUGGCGGUUCGAAUCC